GAAAACUAGCCGUUAAGGACCAUAUUAUUCUUCUGUUCACUUUGUCUUCAACCUUAACCGUUGCUCUUAAAGAUUCUCUCCAUUUACACAUCCUCACAUGCUAUGUUUCACUACUCUUUCUUCUACUAGUAUUUAUCUCUUUCUUUUCCCUUUUCUCUUCAUUUAAACUUGAAAAAAGUUGAGGGGAGGAAGAAAAAGAAGAGUUUAGCAUUUCUUUGUUUAAGUUCUUCUUCUGAUUGGAGAUUCUGAACUUGUUUUAAGUUUAUGGAUAGGUGGGAUACUUCACUGAGUGGAUUUUACAACUACCCUUUUCGAUUCUUGAAUUUAUAUUCAGAAAUUAAAGAUGGGUCUAGCUGGGUUCAUGACAAGAAAAAGGAAAAAUGGAAGCUUUCUUCUUCUUGGCAUAAUACUCUGUUCUUGUUUGUUGUGAUUGUGUUUUCUGUUUUUCCUAUUAUAUCAGCUGGGAGGAAUUCAGAUGGGGUUAUUGUGACUCAAUCUGAUUUUCAAGCUUUAAAAGCUAUUAAGCAUGAAUUGAUUGAUUUUAGGGGAAUAUUGAAGAGCUGGAAUGACAGUGGUCUUGGAGCUUGUGCUGGUGGUUGGGUAGGAAUUAAGUGUGUUAAUGGGGAAGUAAUAGCUAUACAGUUACCCUGGAAGGGAUUGGGUGGAAGAAUAUCUGAAAAAAUUGGGCAAUUACAAGCUCUUAGAAAGCUUAGUCUUCAUGACAAUGUUAUUGCUGGUCCUGUUCCAACUUCUCUUAGCUUCCUACCAAAUCUCAGAGGUGUUUACCUUUUCAAUAAUCGGCUUUCGGGUUCAAUCCCACCAUCAAUUGGAAGAAUCCCUCUUCUACAGACUCUUGAUCUUAGCAACAAUCAGCUCAGUGGUACUAUCUCUCCCAGUCUUGCAAACUCCACCAGGUUAUACAGACUCAACUUGAGCUACAAUGCACUUUCAGGGUCAAUCCCAGUAAGUUUCACUCAAUCUCCUUCUCUUACUUUUCUUGCACUUGAACAUAACAAUCUAUCUGGAUCAAUUCCUGAUACUUGGGGCAGUGUGGUUGUGAACAAGUCUUAUCAACUUCAGUAUCUUACACUUGAUCACAAUCUUUUAUCUGGGAAGAUUCCAGUUUCAAUUAGUAAGUUAAGCAUGCUUGAGGAGAUUAAUCUUAGUCAUAACCUUAUUAAUGGGACUAUUCCUGAUGAAUUAGGUAGUCUCUUAAGGCUUACUGUUCUUGAUUUAUCUAAUAAUACCAUAAAUGGAACUAUUCCUGCUAGUUUCUCAAACCUUUCAGCUCUUUCUACUUUGGAUUUAAAGAGUAAUCUUCUUGAUAGCCAAAUCCCAGAUACCAUGUAUAGAAUGAAAAACCUUUCAGUGCUGGAUUUGAGUAACAACAAAUUCAUUGGUCAUAUUCCAGCUACUAUUGGAAAUAUUUCUAGGCUCACCUCACUUGAUUUAUCUGGAAACAAUUUCACUGGUGAAAUUCCAAACUCUCUUGUUUCUUUGGCAAAUCUGACUUCUUUGGAUGUGUCUUAUAACAAUCUUUCUGGGAUUGUCCCAUCUCUUCUUUCUAGAAAGUUCAAUGCAAGUGCUUUUGUUGGAAAUUUAGAGCUUUGUGGAUAUAGUCCAUCAACUCCAUGUGCUUCACCACCCCCUCAAACUCUUCCUUCUCCUGUUAGUGGGGUUGUCAAGCCUCACCGCCAUCGUAAACUUAGUACCAAAGAUAUCAUUCUCAUAGCAUCAGGUGCUCUUCUAGUUGUUCUGCUUCUUUUGUGCUGCAUGUUACUUUGCUGCUUGAUUAGGAAAAAGGCAAAUUCGAGAGCGAAAAAUGGUAGCAAAGCCGGUGGCCUAGCUACCACUACAGGAAGAGGUGCGAAGUCAGUUCCAGCUGUAGGAGGAGCUGAAGUUGAAUCAGGUGAAGCUGGUGGAAAGCUAGUCCAUUUCGAUGGACCUUUCGUGUUUGCAGCGGACGACUUGUUGUGUGCCACUGCAGAGAUCAUGGGGAAGAGCACUUACGGGACAGCAUAUAAGGCAACAUUGGAGGAUGGUAAUCAAGUUGCAGUGAAGAGGCUACGCGAGAAGAUCACGAAAGGGCAGAAAGAAUUUGAAGCUGAGGUUGCUGAAUUAGGAAAGAUUCGACACCCAAAUAUUUUGGCGCUUAGAGCUUAUUACUUGGGACCAAAAGGAGAAAAGCUUCUUGUGUAUGAUUAUAUGUCUAAUGGAAGUCUCUCAUCCUUUCUUCAUGCUAGAGGUCCCGAGACAACGAUAGACUGGCCAACAAGGAUGAGGAUUGCUAUCGGUAUAACAAAAGGAAUCUGCUUUCUGCAUACCAAAGAAAACAUAAUUCAUGGGAAUCUUACAUCAAGCAACAUUUUACUUGAUGAGCAAAACAAUCCAAAGAUUGCAGAUGUUGGACUCUCCAAGCUUAUGACCACUGCUGGAAACACCAACGUGAUUGCCACUGCAGGCACGCUAGGUUAUCGUGCACCAGAGCUUUCUAAAAUCAAGAAUGUAAGCACCAAGACUGAUGUCUAUAGUCUUGGAGUGAUCAUUUUGGAGCUCUUAACUGGAAAAUCCCCUAGCGAGGCAACGGAUGGUCUCGAUUUGCCUCAGUGGGUAGCUUCUAUUGUGAAAGAGGAGUGGACUAAUGAAGUGUUUGAUGUGGAACUUAUGAGGGAUGCACCUAAUAUUGGUGAUGAGUUGCUUAACACAUUGAAACUAGCUUUGCAUUGUGUUGAUCCCACACCAACUGCUCGACCCGAAGCUCCGCAAGUAUUACAGAAAUUGGAGGAGAUAAAACCAGAGGUGGUGUUAGCAGCCACUAGUUCUGGAGAUGAUGGCACAACAGUUCAAGAAAAGAGUGAUGAAUAAUAAUCUCACAAGGCUGAUUGGAAAUUUUUGAGCUUUUUACUUGAUAUCUAUUUGUUUAUUCUUUCAUUUUUUUUUACAGUUAGUAGUGGAAAUGCUGUUUUAUACCAAGAUCUACUAAAAAACUGUAUAUAGGAGAUUGUGAUUGCUGCAUAGGUUUUACUGAUGAAGAAAAACAUUUUAUUCAA